AUGUCAGAUACCAAAAAGAGAUCUCUUUCAUUAUAAAACAAUGUUAUCUUUACAUCUGAUUGUUAUUAAAGAUCUGAAUGUUCACCUGAAAAACUUAAGAGGAAAUCUCAAAGAUCAUAAUAAACUAUCAUUUUAAGUACUCCUGUAAGUCUUUGUCCUAAUAUAAGAUUAAAAUUGUGGAGAAGCAUAAUUCUAAUUUAUUUGAAAUUUAUAUAGAUGGAAACUAGACUGUUAAAGAAGGAUGGUUGUAUUAAAAUAAAAAGGUAUAUGUAGUACUCACAAGACAAUCAAUAAAAGAAUUUAAUGAUGAAUAAAAAACUUCUUUAAUAAAAGUUAUAUCUCUAAAGGAAUUUGAAUUCAAUAUUUAAUAGGAUAAAUAGUUUAUUAAAAUAUAGUUUCCUCAUUUACAUUAAAUAAUUAUAUAUUAAGCUAAAGAUCCUGUUGAGGCUAAGAUGUGGGUUGGAUGUUUAAAUAUUGUAUUAGAUAAACAUAGAAAUCAUCCAAAAUAAUAAUUAUAAUUAUAAGAAGUAUAAAAAUACUUUGGAAUUAAUGUAAUUUCAGAAGAUUAUUUUUUGAAAAUAGUAGAAACUGGAGAUCUACUUCUUUUUGAAACUAAUAAUACUGGAGCUAAAUUAUAAAGAGUAUUUACAAAUACCAAAUAUGAUCAUGUAGCAAUUGCUAUUAAAAUGGCUAACAAAUAUUUAUUUGUAUUUGAUGCCAAUGCAGAUACUGGAGUUACAUUUAUGGAAUGGUCAUAAUUUAUUGAAGUUAAUGAUUUAUAUGAGAAGUAAUCUUAGAAUUUUAUUAUUAUAGAUUAGCAAUCAGAAAACUUAUAGGUGUUGAUAGAAUUUAAAUAGAAAAAAAAUUGAUUGAAUUCUUAUAAUAAGUUCAUGGAAAGAAAUAUGAAGUAACUUUCAGUAAACUCUUUAGAUAAAAGAGUUUAAGUCCAUCUAAAUCUAAUGAAAGUUUCUUUUGUUCAGAAUUAGUAGCUAAAGCAUUUAAAUAUUGUGGAUUGUUAGAAUCAGAUAAAGCAAGCAGUUCAUUCUUACCUGUAGAAUUUACUAAAUAACUUAAAUUAACUAAUCAAACAUAGAUUACUGAUGAUAUUGUUGUGAUACUCAAAAAACAUUUAAUUAAAUGA